UAAAAAGUUUUCCUCGCUUCAAAAUUUUUGCCGAUGAUAAACGAUAAUAAGACCAAUAGUAAAAUAUUUUUACCCUUUAAAGCUCUAGGCUAUGUUUGUGAUCAUGUUCCAAUAUGUUUAAAAUAUAACCCACGUUUAAACAAAUAUGAUAUCAUAACGGCAGUUUCCAAAGUGAUUCAUUUAUAUAAGUACAAGGGCUUAAGGCUGGUCUCCACGAGCAAACCGCUCGACUCCGCUAUAGACUGCCUCUCCGCCGACAACAAUUUCAUAUUCGUAGCGUGUUCUAAAACUCUCCUCGCCAUAAACAUCAAUCGGGGAUUAAGGCACGAGUUUCCGGAUCACGUGGCCGCUAUUCGCCAUAUUCUUCCGUUCGGGUUUCAUUUAAUCACGAUCGAUGAUAGCAACUCGGUACACGUUUGGGAGAUACGGGACAGAUCGAAAUACACGGAAAUUAAUUUCGAACCUACCCUGUUUAAAAUAUCUGCCGUAAUUCACCCUCAGACCUAUUUGAACAAAAUACUAUUGGGAUCGCAUCAAGGGAGCAUGGAAUUGUGGAACAUUAAAACGAACACGAUGGUGUACCAUUUCAAGGGGUGGCGAUCUAAGAUCAACGUCAUCGAACAAUCACCAGCCGUUGACGUAAUGGGGAUAGGAAUGGCGGAUGGCGUUAUCGCGCUCCACGACAUCAAAAGCGACGAGACCAUAAUGACCUUCAAGCAAGGUUGGGGACCAGUGGAUCUGUUGUCCUUUAGAACUGACGGCAAAAAUUUUUUCAUAAGUGGAUCCCACGUAAAAUGUAGUCUAGCCGUAUGGGACCUGGAGGAGCGACGCUUGAUAACGAAGAUGGCUCACGUUCACUCAUCCAAAACUCUCGUGUCCGCCAUCUUUAUACCCUUUCAACCCUUGCUCGUCACGUCUUCCGGUGACAAUUCCAUGAAGGUCUGGAAUUUCGACAGGCCAGAUGGUACCGCCACGUCUUUACACGUCAGAGAGGGUCAUAAAACGCCCAUUAAUAGGAUAAGAUUCUACGAUCAAGAAUUUAUUCUCAGCUCAGGAUCAGACGGUUCUUUCCGGAUUUUUUCGACGAUCCACGAGGGCAAAAACAAGUGCUUUGGUCUUCCAAAAACAAUGCAACCUUCGCCCAUCACCUAUUUUGAUUCAAGUUUAGGAUUAAACGCCAGAACUUGGGACAAUAUAGCCACCUGUCAUCGAAAUGGAUCGUCCUCCUCAUGGAAUUUUAAUUGUCAAAAGGCAUCGGGCCGAAACUUUCGACCUAGAGCUGUCGCUCUUCGUUGCGCUAUUAGCGAAAGCGGGCACUUUUCCAUUUUCGGGUUUUCCGACGGUCGCGUCGAGAAAUUCAAUUUGCAAUCUGGGCUAUCUCGAGGAAUUUACACCGAGACCACGUUAAGCGACAAAAAUCCUACCACAUUGUCAUCAGAAAGUCAACAACCCGUCAAUCUUCUCAGAAUAGCUUGUUCCGACACUUUAGUGGUUACCAGCAACGCCGAUAAUAACGGUAACGUUGGUCGGGAUAUUGACGGGCACUCCAUCAAAUUCUGGGCCUUUGGGACUCGUAAACUGAUCGACAUCUUAAAAAUCAAAGGUUUGCCGCCAUUAUCUGGCGUUGACGCAUUUCAUCGAAAUAGCUCGUUACUCGCCUUAGCCCUGAAAGACUAUUCUAUUCUGCUGGUAGAUAUUUCUAACCGGAAAUGCGUUAGACACUUCCGGUCCGCACAUUGUUCUGUGAUAACGGAUUUAGGUUUUCGAUCCCAAGAUUGUCAGCUGUUAUUCAGUUCCAGCCUGGAUUGCACCUUCAAAACUUGGCACAUUGCAAGUUCUAAUUUGUUAGAUAUAAUGAAGUGCCCAACCUCGAGCCCGAUAAUAAGUUUCGAUCUCUCACCGCAAUACCUCGUUACGGCUCAUUUGAAUGACAGGUAUCUAUACCUUUGGUCGGACGCCACCUUGUACAAACACGUCCAAUUGCAUCCUCUUAGCAAAGUGAUCGACGUUCCCAUAGAGCUCAGCGAGAACGGAGAGGAAACGGUAUCUCUUACAUCCUCCUCGUUACUGCUACCACAAUUCCGAAACAACGCCGCUACGUCACCGAGUCACGCGAACAAAUCGCUGAUCAAUUUAUCCGGCCUUUCGGCCAAUCAGAUUCGAGCCACGAUAAAUUUGGACGCCCUCAAGAUGAGGAAUAAAAUGGAAGUCGAUAUUACCGACGCCCCAUUUUUUUUGCCGUCCGCCGCUCAUCGAAAGGACCAAAAUAUCGGUUACGAAAUUUCGGGAAAAGAAGUAAGCAAAAUAAAGUCAUCGCUAUCGGAGGAGAAAGGUGGUGGCUUGGUCAGUUUCGACGACAGAACACCUUUCGGGAAUUUGUUGCUUCGUUACGACGCCGAAGAUUCUAAUCAACAUUCUACCAUUUUGCUGCAGCUGAAUUCCUUUGGACCUUCUUCUACGGAUUUGGAAAUCAGGUUGCUUUCGCCCGAGAAUCAAUCCACGUCAUCUCUUUCCACCGAUUCCCCUUCCAAUACCACUCUCCUCCUGAAUUUCCUUAAAUUCCUCAAGGAAUGUUUAACCAGCAAAAACGAUUUCGAUUUGGUUCAAACGCACCUUUUCUUGGUCAUAAAGUAUCAUUUUGACACCAUCACCCGGCACUCGCAAUUAAUGAAGGAAUUUUCGGAUAUUUCGCAGAUUCAGGACGCCUAUUGGAAUGACUUGGAAAAACAAUUUAUCAGCUGUUUAGCACUAAUAAAUACAUUCAAAAAUCCUCUCAUAUAAAAAAUAAUUAGGGGGAAAAACUUUCCUAUAUCCAUCUUUUAUUUUACACCAUUAUUGAAAUAUAAUUUAAAUCCGAGUUUUUAUUAUCAUUUAAUGACGGUUAGUUAAGUUA